AAAAAUCAAAAUAUAAAUAAAUUCUCAAAACAAACAUAUCGCGAAAGUUUUUCUUUGCUGUUAAUUCGAUUGCAGAACUAAAAUGAAAUGGAUUCUGCAAAUAAAUUAACUACAACAUGCAACUUUAUCGAUACAUCGAAAAGUUUAAAAUUUCAAGCAAUAACUGUAACUAUACAAAAACUUGCCGACCAAUUUAAAGAUGUAGUUUUGGACUACGAGGAGCUAAGGCUGCAGUCGGAAAAAUAUCAGGCGCAGUGUGAUGCACUAAAUCAGGAACUUACUAAGAAAUCUUGCAGAAACUGUACAGGUUUGAAAGAAGUUGUUGCAGAAAAAGAUAAUGUUAUUCAGCUUGUCGGCUCAACACUAACUAAGCUAGAUGAAACAAAAGACUUCAAACUAUUAAAAGAACUGUUUAAAAUACUGUGUGGUGACAUACACACACUUACACCACCGAGGGACCAGGACAACAUAGAACCAGACAACAACAAACUACCAAAAGCUGCUUCCACCUCAACUCCCAAGGUAGAGGCGGCUUCACCAUCAUUCACAGAACCAUCAGCAAGAGAAGACUCAGUGUCGGAGAUUGAAGGCACCCCCACCGGCCGGACAAGCCCAAUCAUACUGUCAAAGAAAGUAAGGAGUCGCACUACUGUUGACACCACUAGUGCGGGAGAAAAGAAGAAAAGUUCCAAUAGUUGGCCAACAUCAGAACCAAAGCAGGUGAAGCUAACAUUCCCAACCAGCACUCCCUCAAGGACCAGCAGCCAUGGAGGCGGCAAGAUGAAGCAGUCUCGGCUGAACCUUGUCAGGAAGAAACCCAGUCUCGUGGUGGACCUCACCUGCUCUCCGGUGCUCUCUCAGUUUAAGUCCUCACAGGAGGACAGGGAAAUCAAGGUUCAAGUCCCCAUCAAGCAAGGAUCAUUGGACAAUGAUGAGACAAUCCUGCCGUCACCAACCAGUGGACUUCCACUGCAGGCUAAAUACACAUCUCUCUACAAAUCUUCAAGUACAAAAAACAGUCCAUGCAAGUUGAAAAGGCCAGAAGAUUUGAAGAUUAAACUUGAAGACACAAUUAGGUUGGACGCAAACAACGACACCAGCGACCAACCGACAGGAGAUGCGACGUGCAUGGAGGAAUCCAUCAACCUGUUGCAACCUUUCAAAUUCCCUAAAAGCCCAAAGAAGCCGAGCGUGAAAUUGAAAGAGGAAGUCGACGAAAAUGCGACUCAAUUUGAUACAAAUGUCAGUCUUUCCAUAUUACAACAAGUCGAUAGAAUUGAAAACGAUGCACAGAAACUGAAAAGUGCAAGCCCAAUGAAAGGUCCUUUGGCGGAGAAUCUAAAUAUAACGAACAUGCCGACCCAACAUGACACAGAAGUGAGCAUAUCCGUUCUACAGAGGAACUCAAGCAAAAACAAACGCAGUGACAUUGUUGAUAAGAAAAUCCACGUCAGGAAAACCCCCGAGAAGCUAGAAGACAUCUACAAGGAGCCGACGGUGCGCAAGAAGGCGGAGAAGCGCGCGCUGCCCGGCUGGAGCUGCGAGGAGUGCAAAAACUUCUACUCGGAGCUCUACAAAGACAACGAGGCCAUGCUACUCAAGCUGAUGGACGCGUGUUCCCGCCACCGCGGGCGCCGCAACCCCGCGCGCCCCGCUACCCCGCCCGGCUACUGGCAGCCGCGCUGGGACAUGCCCACCAGCACUGAGGAGUUUAAUAAACGUAACAACGCGGAUUAAUGU